GUGGCAGAUUUCAUGGGAUACGAUUCACAGUUCAACCAGACGAUAUUAUAGCCCCACCUGGUUCAACUGUCGAACUAAAAUGUAAUGCACGGUACAUACCGGAAAAACUUAACUUUGGAUGGAUUCUUAACGAUUCUGAACUGGUUCUGUCAAAUGUGGUUCCACGAAAAACAUUUGUGUAUGAUCUUUCUCCAAGUAAUGGCAAUUUGAGAAUUGAUAAUAUCAGUGGCGAGGCAUAUGGGGUGUACCAAUGUGUGGCCAGGUAUUCUGGCGGGACGAUUAUCAGCAGGAAGGCACAUGUUACGAUGCCAUGUAAGUACAUUUAUAACUGUGAGUUAUGUCCUAUGUAAAACACGAGCAAGAAUGCUUUACCAGACAUAAAACAGCAGGCGACAGCCGAGUGUUUUAUAUCUGAUAAAGCCUUGACUGUGAGUGUCUUAAAAUUUAAAUGCCUUCAAAAACUACCCAUCUUAUGAGUUCAUUGGUGAAGUAAUUUUUUAAAAAUCAACGUUGUCUAAGCCGAGAAAAUCAAGGCUAAAGUUUAUGUAAAUGAACAUGAUUUUUUUAUCACAUAUAAAACCACUGACACGGCAGUGAUUUCCUUUGUCUUUUCUUUAUGACUUAUUAAUGAGUUUUUUUAAUGGUAUUUAUUUGUUUGAUAGUUAAGUUCUAUCAGUUCUAAACUGUUUGCCCUUGAGGCUCAGUAAGGAUCAUCUCUUAUUGGCAUCCAGUAUUCACUACAGGAGGAAACUUGUACUAAACUAACUUUAUUUAUACUGGAUAGCUCCAUCUGUCCAUCAGUUCUAAACUGUUCUUCCUAGAGCUCCAGUAAGGUCUAUCCCUUAUUGAUCCAGUGUUACUGCAGGAGGAAACCUAAAUAGUAAUCUAACUUUAUUUAUACUAGAUAGCUCUAUCAAUUCUAAACUAGUCCAAUAAGAGUCAGGCACUGACAUUUAUCCCGUUCUUAACAAAAACAUUUAAUUUAAUCUCGCAGAUUUGUACAAGAUAAAUAAUCAACCCGCAACAGAUAUCAUUUGUAACGAAACAUAUCCAUGUGUACUCAAACCUCAUAGCGUAAUCAGUUUUCCUGAACCAAGCUUCGCAUGGGAAUACCGUAGAAAUAGCAACGAAACUUUCUCUGAGAUUGAGAAACUGCAUGGCGGAUCAGCUAUGUUUCCUGUGUCUCUUGAAGGUCAUUUGUGUAUUCUUGGUGUAACUCGAGGUGACCAAGGGCAGUAUCGAUGUAGGAUUAAUAAUACUGCUGGAAUUGUGUAUGAGGUUUAUAAUGUUACCAUAGGUAAGAAGAGAUGAGUUUUAUGAUGGAUUAAUAUGGGAACCUACAAUCAGUGACAUUGAAAGGUGGGACACUUAGAUUGGAAGGUUAUUGUUUUAAGCAAUUGCAAAGAAAUGGCACCGCGAAAGCCUACCAUUUUCCAAUGUUGCUGUUUGUGCUGAGAGAGUUAUUAGACAGAUUUAGAUCGAGGACGCGGACGUCAAAGACGACGUGAAAAUGGCGUGUUGUGCCCAUGUAUGGAUAUGCCACGCCAUUUUGACGCCAUUUUUACGUCGUCUUUGACGUCCGCGUCCUCGAUCUAAAUCUGUCUAAUUAGUAACGUAAUACAACACAAAACUACUUAAAAUAAAUUUUAAUUUUAGUCUAACAACAUUGAACGGGGGGAGGGAGAUUAUGUUACAAUCUCAGCCUAACAGGUCCACGUAUUUUGUCACUGAUUGUAGGUCAAAGCUAGACCGACAGUUUGAUUGAAUAUGACACUGCUGUGCACCAGGCUUUUACAGAAUAAACACCAUCAUUCUUACUUCCACUAUCAUAAUUUUCACACCAUCAUUAUCACCACCAUCAGCAUCUUUACCAUCACCACUAUUAUCAUCACCACUAUUAUCAUCACCAUCAUUAUCAUCAUCAUCAUCACCACCAUGACCAUUAUAGCCAUCGUCAUCACCACUAGCCAGUGUACAGACUCAACCCGAAUUUAUACAUCAUCAUCAGCACUAACAUCAUUAUCACAACUACUGUCAUCACUAUUGCCACCAAUCACAUCUUAUCAUAUUAUGUCAUUCUUAAUCUACCCUCAUAUAAACACCUCAUUGAAACCAUCUAUAUUUUCAGGUAGAAUCAAUAUGUCCACCAAACAAAACAAUACACUUUCUAUUUUGGUCAAACCAAAAAAUAUUACUGUUGGCGUUUCAUCAUCCGCAUCAUUUGACUGCAUCGCCAGUGAAAGGUAUCAUUGUUAUACACAUUCGGUAUACAAACAUAAAUUUCAUUCAAAAUUAGUAAUCUCAGUAUUCACAGAACAUAAAAAUUGUAUUCUUCGUCUAGAGACGCAGAAAUUCGUUGGUUGAAAGGUGAUGAACGGAUUGACUCCAGCACAAAGUACGACAUUUCUUUACCGUACAGAUUGGUUGUUAAACAAGCAUUUAUAGACGAUGAAGGGUGGUAUACUUGUGUCGUUUCUAGUAAUUUUACAACGGUUUCUCAGAAAGCAUUUCUAAAUGUUAGAGGUAAGCUUGCGUACCAUGGGGGGCAACUAUCCUCAUGGAUUUACCCUUGACACACACUAUGGUUACACACAUAAAUAUCUCACAACUUGUCAACAAGAUGUGUUCGCAACAGGCUUUUAGCAAGUUUGUCAACAAGUUGUAACAGUGCUGUUAUUUUAACAAGUUGCUACAGGGUUGUCACUCACAACUUGUUGACAAGUUGUUGAAUUGCAGGACGAUAACAAGUUGUUGGAACAAUUUAAGUCUGUUGAACUCAACAACAUUGUAGCAAGUUGUCAACAAGCUGGGAACAAGCAGUGCGAACACAUCCUAUUGACAAGUUGUUGGAACAGCAUUGCUACAAGUCUACUGCAGAUUUGUUACAACUUGUGCGUUUUUACGUGUGUAGGUCAUUGUACUUUCACCUAUGGUUAGGUCAUGGUACUUUCACCUAUGGUUAG